AUGAGUCAGCCUGCUUCGAAGAUAAACCUAAACUUCCAAGAUAUUACCAAGAUUAAAGUGGAUGCUAUUGUUAAUGCAGCCAACAAUAGUUUGCUUGGAGGCGGAGGAGUGGAUGGUGCUAUUCACAGAGCUGCUGGGAAAGAGUUGUUAACAGAAUGUCGUACACUUGGAGGAUGUCCUGAUGGAGAAGCUAGAAUAACAAAAGGAUACAACUUGCCUUCAAGCUACGUCAUUCAUACAGUGGGUCCACAGUCCGAAAAUCCUAAAGUAUUGUCCAAUUGCUACAAAAACUCGCUUUCUAUUUUGGAAGAAAAAGGAUUGUCUUCUAUUGCUUUCCCUUGUAUUGCUACAGGUGUUUAUGGUUAUGAUAACGAAAAAGCAGCAAAUGUUGCUUUAAGCACUGUGCUCGAUUAUUUUAAAGCAAAUACGUCCACAAAGAUUGAAAAGGUCGUGUUUGUCUUAUUUAAUGACAAAGACAAAAAGAUCUAUAAAGAACUGGUACCCAAGUAUUUUCCAGGUGCUUCUGUUGACCCAGUUCAAUUGUAA